AACUUUCGUUGUUUCUAUCGACUCCCGACCACCUCUAGUGCGCUGCGCCUCGCAAAAAAAAUUUGGUUGGUUUUAUUUUAAUUUUUCGGAAUACGUCGUGUGCCGCUCGAUCGGAUCGGAUUGCUCACCAGCCCGCCUUUGCCCGCUUACCUUUCGUCGCACCUUCCGCCUUCCCACGAGUGAAAUGUCGCUGAAUCCGCAGUACGAGGACAUCGGCAAGGGCUUUGUGCAGCAGUACUAUGCGAUAUUCGAUGACCCGGCGAACCGGGCGAACGUGGUCAACUUCUACAGCGCUACCGACUCCUUUAUGACCUUUGAAGGUCACCAAAUACAGGGUGCGCCCAAGAUCCUCGAGAAAGUCCAGAGCCUGAGUUUUCAGAAGAUUACACGAGUGAUAACCACAGUGGACUCGCAGCCCACUUUCGAUGGCGGAGUGCUGAUCAAUGUCCUCGGAAGGCUACAGUGCGACGACGAUCCCCCGCACGCCUUCUCGCAGGUUUUCGUCCUGAAGGCCAAUGCCGGCACCUUCUUCGUCGCCCACGACAUCUUCCGUCUGAACAUCCACAACUCUGCCUAGGAACCCGGGAGCCUGGGAGCCUCCACACCACUCAGCAACAACACACUCAACACGACAUCCAAAGAUGCCUAACGACAACCACAACAACAACCAGCUGGCAGAGGAACACUCAAUGGGAAGCACAGCAUAACAAAGCAGAAGCAGCGGUCUCACGUUUAUCAACAAAUGAAAAAAACCCACACAAUAAACAAAAAAAAAAGAAGAAAUUAAUUUGUAACUACUAUUACGAUGUGUAAACAAAAUGGGCCACCAGCAGCUCACCUAUACCAUUACCAUUGUGUCCCCAAACUGUACUGCUCUCGGUACUCUCGAUUUACCAUUGUAUAUUCCGCGAACAACACCUGGAUCUCGGGAUCUAAUUUAGCUAGGGCUAUCAAAUUUGGUAUGUGGUCUGCGACGAGCUUGCUUUUGCGUUUGCCCCGGAAAAGAAUCAAAAAACACACAUAGUUGGCAACUACUUAAAUUAAAAGUGACAUUUUCUAUUAUAUAUAUAUUUUGUUUGAGUUGAUUGACCUUGAAUUUCGAUUAUGUACUGUAAUUAUUGAAAUAAUUUUAGAUAGCCGUAUUGCAAAUGUUUUCUAUCGAAUUUUCCCCCCACUUUGUAAACCAUGAUCGGAGUACCGGGAUAUUAUUACUUAGUCGAGAGAAUAUCGACGCUAGCUUUCUUGUAUGACUAAUUGAGUGAUGGCGAAUUACUUUUUAUUGAGACAAAAAAAAGAACACUUAAAUAUAAAGAUUAACGUUAA